AUGUCUGGCAAACCAGUUUGCAUUGCUGAUUUUGAAGAGUAUGCUAAAAAAUUUCUCCCCAAAUCAGUGUAUGAUUAUUACCGAUCCGGAGCAGAUGACCAGAAAACUUUAGCAGAUAAUGUAGCAGCAUUUUCCAGAUGGAAGCUGUACCCUUGGGUGCUCAGGGAUGUAUCGGUAAUGGACCUGUCGACCUCAGUCUUGGGGCAGAGAAUCAGCAUGCCAGUCUGCGUUGGAGCGACUGCUAUGCAGUGCAUGGCUCACACUGAUGGAGAGACAGCUACUGCUAGAGCCUGCCAUGCAAUGGGGACAGGGAUGAUGCUGAGCUCCUGGGCCACUUCUUCCAUUGAAGAAGUGGCUGAAGCAGCUCCAGCUGGCCUUCACUGGCUGCAGCUUUAUGUGUACAAAGACCGGGAGGUUACCAAAUCCCUUGUGAAGCGUGCAGAGAGAGCAGGCUACAAAGGUAUCUUUGUGACAGUGGACGCACCGUUCCUUGGCAGGCGCAUCGAUGACGUGCGCAACAAGUUUCAGCUUCCUCCUCACCUCAGAUUAAAAAACUUCUCAAGCAGUGACCUGGCAUUCUCCUCAGGGAAAGACUUUGGAGAAAACAGUGGAUUGGCUGUGUAUGUAGCUGAGGCAAUUGAUGCAAGCAUCAGUUGGGAAGACAUCAAAUGGCUUAGAAGGCUGACCUCGCUGCCCAUCGUUGCCAAAGGGAUCCUCAGGGCUGAUGAUGCUAAAGAAGCUGUAAAAGUUGGGGUAAAUGGUAUCCUGGUGUCAAAUCAUGGAGCACGGCAGCUUGAUGGGGUCCCUGCAACUAUUGAUGUCUUGCCUGAAAUUGUUGAGGCUGUGGAGGGGAAGGUGGAGGUGUUCCUAGACGGUGGGGUAAGAAAAGGUACAGACAUUCUUAAAGCGCUUGCUCUUGGUGCCAAAGCUGUAUUCAUUGGAAGACCUCUCAUCUGGGGCUUGGCUUAUCAAGGUGAAGAAGGAGCAAAAGAGGUUCUCCAGAUGCUGAAGGAAGAGUUUCGACUGGCAAUGGCAUUGACAGGAUGCAAGAAAGUAGAAGAAAUUGGCAGGACACUGAUACGAAGAGAUCAAGUAUGGAUUUCCAAGAUUUAGAUCUGAAGACUAUUGCCUUGCAUGUUGUCUGUCAUACAGAAAAUGUACUACCAAACAAAAAGCCUUCACCCUUUGGGCCUCAUCCUGCAAUCCUGACUGAGAAGGGGUGUAGGAGAUCACUCAUUGGAGAAAAUACAUGAAGCAAAUUUUACAGGUGUAUUUUCUGUAUUCUCCUAGGCUCUGCUGGUAGUUGUGAUUCAAGAUGGGCCUUUAAAGAAGAACAACAUAGAAACUUCAAAGUGUUUCAUGACAAAUGCUAGUAUGAGCUUACGUGCCAGGAUGUAACUUAGCUGUUAAAAUGAAACUAGAAACAGAAAUGUUUUGACAGCAAACAGCUAUCAAAACGUUUCUGUUUAUAGUUUCCUUUUGAUGGCAAACAGCAACCAAAAUGCAGAAAUGCAAAAUUAAAAAAUACUUCUUGCUCACUGUUUAGAGGAACUAUAUUGUAGGUCAUAGAGAUUAAAUCAUGCUCUCUUAUGAAUCGUGUAAUUUUCCUAGUGACUAUGUGCUACUCCUUUAUAAGCAUGUGGGCUACUCCUUUAUACAAGCAUGUGGGCUUGUAGCCUAUAGCUGAGAGGACUCUUAGUGUAAAGAAAUGAACAGCAAAGCAAAACUGGGGAAGUUGUCAUUUAAGUGACACAACUCCCUUAGCAGCCAGGUAAUCAUUAUGUAGUGCAUCAGGUACAGGUCAGAUCCUUGGCUGCACAAAUCUUUGUAGCCCUGUUGCCUCUGCUGCACUGUGCUGAGGGUAU